CAUGAAGUUUACAGCGUGGAGUUUUGUGUCGUGCGUUCUGAUAGUCAUCUUCUUUCUAGCUGUUGCCACGUCUGCAUAUCCUGCCAGCAAUCCAGAGAUAGCAAUUGAGAAUAUGCGACAAAUUCCACAAUGGCAUUGUCUACGCUACAGAAAAUUCGAUCUUGUACGCCGCUGUCGAAAUUAUCGUUUAGGAAGGAAACACUGACAAAUACAAAAUCAUCGUAAUUCCGGAUGGACGACCACAACAAAUAAAUCACCGUAUUUCAAGU